CGGCCUCUGUCUUCCUUCCGUCACCAACGUAUCGAAGCUUCUCUGUCAACAUCAGUGUUAUUCGUGGCCCAGGGCAAUCGACUCUCUAUCUAUUGUCUCCUCCUGUCUCGCUAAGCUUUGACAGCAUCCUCAUCGAUACAUCCAACCAAGAAUCCGCAAUGUCUUACCACAACCACAACCACGCUGCUAUGGUUUCUGAUACCAACAACCAGGGCCCUCGCCCCAGCAUGGGACCCGCUUACAUGGCUGCUCAGGGAGCUCAUGAUGUUGCUGGACCACGUGGCAUCGCCCUCCCAGCUGCCCAUCACGACGGCCUUAGCGGUCUUGUCAGUUCUUUCGGCGCCCUCGGCCUGGCUAAUAAUAACAUUCCCCAGGGCGCCACCCCUGUUGCCAUUCCUCCUGGCGGCUACAUGCAUGGUGACACUUCUGUUGUCUAUCCUGGCUAUGGAAGCCACAUCCAGGCCCCUUACAACAUGGAUUCUGUCUACGGCCCUGGUGUCCCCGCUGGCCACUACAUGCAUCAGGGUGGAAUCGCUCCCCCUUACGGCGCCUACAUGUUCCCCUACACCCCCGGUCGAGCAGCCUCUUAUGCCGACCGCAUGGAUCGUGGACUUCGUGACCUGCCCGGUCUUGAGAACCGCCGCGGAUCCUACUCGACCACCGCCACCGAGUCUACCCCAGGUACUCCUUUCUUUGGAGGCAUGGGUGACCGGCAGUCUGCUCCUCGGGUCAUGUCUGCUGACCGAUCGAGCUACACCACCCCGUCCCCUCAGCAGCUUGCUGUGUCCGGAACCUACGGUCCCGUCAGCUCCAAGGGAAAGCGAGUUGCGGAGGCUGAGCUCCGUAUGCUUGUCGAACAGGAUCCUGCUAUCCCCUCCGCUGUCCCGGCUGUUUUCACUACCCCGGAGCAGCGCAAGACUUUGGAUCAGUGCUUGGAGAACCGCAUUGAUGGAAACAGGAACGUCUACAUCCGUGGCCUACACCCCACCACCGACGAUGAGCUCCUGCUCAAGUAUGCUUCUCGUUUCGGAGAGGUCGAGCAGAGCAAGGCCAUCAUCGACACAACCACUGGUGCCUGCAAGGGAUUCGGCUUUGCCAAGUUCAAGAAUGUCCGCGACUCUGAGAAGUGCAUCCAGGCCUUCUACCUUCUUGGUUACGAAGUUGGCUUCGCACGUGAGAGCUUCAACGCCCGUCUCAAGGCCGAGGGAGAUGAGGAGUCGACCAACCUGUACAUCUCCAACUUGCCAAAGUCUGUUACGGAGGCUCAACUCGUCGCGAUCUUCGAGCCCUACCAGAUCAUGUCAAGCAAGAUUCUUCGGGACAGCAUGGGCAACAGCCGUGGCGUUGGAUUUGCCCGUUUUGAAUCUCGUGAGAUCUGCGAGGAGGUCAUUAGGCGCUACCAUGGCCAGGCGAUUGGUGAUGAGUGUUUCUUGAUGCAGGUCCGCUACGCCGACACGCCUUCUCAGAAGGAGUUGAAGCGCGUCACUGCCGAGCGCCGCCAGUACCGAACCAACGAGUACAACAUCGGCGCGUACGGAACCGUGGCUGUCGGCAUCAACCCCUCCAUCUACCACUCAGCCCCGACCAACUGGGGCCGCACUCCUCGCUUUGCCAGCGCCGCUCCUGGGCUUCCCCAUCGUCCUGCUCUCGCUGCCAAGAGCGGAAAUGUGAACAUGACGAAGGGCCACAUUCACCAACAGUGCGCAGUCACGUCGUCCUCGGAUGACGGAUCUGCCGAUGAGGGUGUGACGGUUGUUGACUCGCCCACCAACCACAAGUCGCAGUCAUCUCCCAUCAUCAAGAAGGAAGCUGUCUAG